AAUACACGGUGAGCUCUGACCUGGGACUCACUGGGAGAACUUCUCGUUUUUUUGAGGUUCCAACUUCCAGUCCGUGCCUCGAUGUCAGGAUACUACAUGUACCACUCGAUAGACCUUCAUCCAUCGUGGGAAAGGGCAGCCGACGUUCUUCGUGAACUCAAACGACUAGCCGAUGCGGGGAAAUUCUACGCCCACUUCCCCUUGAGCGUCCGUUUCGCCAAGCCAGAUGACAUCAUGCUCAGCCCAUCAUACAAAAGAAAUAUGUGUUUCAUCAAUCCCUUCUUUAACAUACGCUAUGGAAACAAAUCACGCAAUCUGUCAACAUGGACGCAUUUUGAAGAUGUCGUUCGCAAGGCAGGAGGGAUUCCACAUUGGGGAAAGAUUACUGCACCACUUGGUAGCUCCCAGUACAGGAAGCUCUUUCCUCUUUGGGAUAGGUUUUGUGAGAUUCGCAAGGAAAUUGAUCCUGAUGGCAUGUUCCUCAAUGAAUUCUUGGAGAAAUGUUUCGAGGAUUAGAUUCCAAUUACCAUACAUGGCUUGAAAAAAAUUGUUACAGUCGCAUCAACGAAACCGACUGCAAACAGGCCGAUGGUAUUUCAUCGGAAAUAACGCAAUAUUUUUUUUCCCGAUAUAGAGUCGAUUUCACCAGUGCGACUUAGUAAAUUUUGUCUACAAUCUAUUAUCUGGAUCUGAUGAAUUGCUCGGCCUACCUGAAUUUGGAUAAUUUGAAGUUGAUUUAUUAAUGGAUUAAUUAAUCAGAGAUUGCCAUCUAUUGGCACAGUGAGCCAAACAUCAAUAUAGCUUAAGAGGACAUUUUCUAAUCAAAGAUUCAUAUAUUUUGUUUGCUCCAUUCCUUAGUUUCGAGUACAAAUACGUGGUUUCUUAUUUUCAUAUUUUUUAUUCUGGAUCCUUCUGUGUAUCUUUAAAAUAUUCAACAAAGUGGGUUUAAUUUUUAAGAAUGUAUUGUCAUAUUCCUUAUUCAUUUUUACGAGCCGAGUUACAUGUAGAUUAAAACAAAUUAAUGAAAUGUGUAUGUUGAACUCAAAUCAAGAGCUCAUUUGAAAAGGGGUUAGAUCCAUUUUUCAUCAAAUUUGAUUUUUUUUCUUCAAAAUUUAUAGAAUUUUAGUAGCUGUAUAAGAUGAUACCAUAGAGAAGUUGAAAUUCCCAUUAAAAAGUGAACAAAAAUGGCAAAGAAAAAUCAUUUAUUUUUGCAAAAGGGGUUAGAUCCAUUUCAGUUUGUUUGCAAAAGGGGCUAGAUCCACAAAGUAUUUGUUUGAAGAAGAAAUAUUUAAACAAAAAAAAAGAUACAUGUAGGUAGAUUUCUUGUAUAACCAGUUUUAUGUUCACAUGGUAGGGUAGUAUGGUAAUUCAAUCUCGCAUAUUAAUGACAAUAUGGGAGAUUUAAAAAACCUUGAUUUACUCGGAUGGUCUAAAGUGGAUCUAAUAUAAACCCUUUUGCAAACAAACUCUGACUGUAGAGUUAAAAUUGACUCCUCAGAAAUAAGAAUGUUAAACGAUUCUAUCCUUAGCUGCACCUGAUGACUGAAUUCCAACAAGUGUAAGUCAGUUCAAAGGCAGAAAGAAACCGACUCUAAACAGAUAAGGCACACAUGAAUACCAUAAGUGACUUUUAUAGAUUUUAUUACUGCAAAUGUAUUCCACAAUGCAUACAAGAAAAUCUUGAAUCCAAAUACAACUAC